AUGGCGACUCAAGAUCCCCACGUCAUCUCGCAGCUGGUGAAAGCCCUGGAGACUGCUCGCAAAGCUAAAAAGGGUGAGACAAAGUUCACCUGCAAAAAGAAUACCUUUGAGGUAGCCAAAGAUGUGACCGUGGACUCGUGGAAGUUCCAGGACUGGGACUACAAGCAAGCCGGUCUGCCCACAUAUGCGCGAGGUCUUUUCACCACCAAACGCAAAGACAACAUUCCCGAAAUUACGACGCGCGGAUACGACAAGUUCUUCAACAUAGGCGAGACAAAGGCCACAGAAUGGCGCAACAUCGAGAAAAACACAAGGGGUCCCUACGAGCUGAGUGUGAAGGAGAAUGGAUGCAUUAUCUUCAUUUCUGCUUUGGCGAACGACAAAUUGCUAGUCUGCAGCAAACACUCGACUGGAGCCCGCGAGGAUACAAAAGUCAGCCACGCGCAGGCAGGAGAACAAUGGACGGAACGCCAUGUCUCGUCCGUGAAUCGGUCUGUUAAAGACCUUGCCCGAACUCUGCGCCAGAUGAAUGUCACCGCCGUUGGAGAACUCUGUGACGACACUUUUGAGGAGCAUGUGCUGGCCUACGACGAAGCUUCUUCGGGCAUCUACCUCCACGGUCUCAACUACAACCAACCUGACUUUCAGACAAUGUGUUGUGACGAUGUGCACAAGUUCGCUGAUGACUGGGGCUUCAAGAAGGCCAAGUUCGAGGUCUUUGAUGAUAUUUUUAGAGUGCAGAGCUUCCUAGAAGGAUGUGCAGAGACAGGAACAUGGGAUGGACGUGAGACCGAGGGCUUCGUCAUCCGAUGCCAGCUGAGCGAGAACGGAACUGAGCCCUAUCGGAAUUGGUUCUUCAAGUACAAGUUCGAGGAGCCGUACUUGAUGUACCGCCAGUGGCGUGAAUGCACCAAAGCUGUCAUCGGAGGGAGACAUCCCAAGAUCAGGAAGCAUGAGCAGGUCACUGAAGAGUACUUGCAGUUUGCUCGACGGGUUCUGAUGAAGAACCCUCAUAUGGCAACUGAAUAUAUGCAUAACCACGGUAUCAUCGCUUUACGGGAGGCUUUCCUCAAGGAACGAGGAUUAAAUGGAUCCGAGCUUAUCGCUCUAGGGACUAAAAAGCAGAGUGAAUUGAACGAGAUCAACAAAAAUGUCAUCCUCGAGCCAAUUGCCUCGCUGGGAUGUGGAAAGACGACAGUCGCCUUGGCUCUGGUUAAGCUCUUUGGAUGGGGACAUGUUCAGAAUGACAACAUCCCCAAACAGAAGAACAAGCCCAAGAAGUUCGCCUUCGAGGUCAGCCAUGCUCUGGGAGAACACAGCGUUGUCAUCGCUGAUCGCAACAACCAUCAAAAGCGCGAACGCAAGCAGCUCAUGGAGGAUAUUUACCCUGUGCUCCCGGAUGCGCAGUUCGUCGCUCUGCAUUACGUCCACGAGCCCAAGGCAGACAGACUCCCCGCCAUCCGAGAAGUCACUCGAAAACGUGUGCUAGAGCGUGGCGACAACCACCAAUCCAUCCGGGCUGGCACCAACGCCCAGGAAGAGACCGUCGGAAUCAUGGAGGGAUUCCUCGGCCGCUUCGAAGGCGUCGACACGACCCGCUCGCCAGACCUGAGCUUCGAUCACGUCAUAGACCUCGACGUGUGCGCCUCAUCUCGCGAGAACCUCGAAACAAUCGUCAAAGCCUUACACGCCGCCUACCCGCGCCUCGUGCCAACCAUCCCAACGGCAGCAGCUCUCGACGAAGCCAUUGCCGCCGCCCUGGAUGACUACACCGUGACAAAAGAUCUAAGCUACAGCUAUGGUCCCCCACAAAAGCCAAAGAACAAAAACAAAAACCACGGCAACGGCAACGGCUCCCUCCUCCCCGAACCAACAGACUCCCCAUUGUCCCCAGAAGCCCUCUCCAAAAAGAUCGAAUACUUCAACAUCUCCCUCCCAACAAACGAAAUAACGUCAAUCCUGCACUCCCUCUUCCCACCAACAACUUCCCCCGAAACAGCCCGUCUCUACAACCAACUAGUAAACUCCCGCCGUCUCCAACCAACCUUCCAUGUUACCCUCAUCCACCGCGCCUCCAAGAAAGACAAUCCAGAGACCUGGGAGCAGCUAGCAACCCGCUACAUUGACACGCAGAUCAAAAACCCCGUCGAAAACUCCAUCCAGCACCCGCCGCCCCUGGGCUCCGCGCGCGUGCGCAUCGAGCGUCUCGUCUGGGAUAACCGCAUCAUGACCUUUGUCGCGCGCAUCCUGCCUGCCGAGGGCGUCGAGAAAGAGACCGGUGUGGAUGAGUCUGAGUGGCCGUGCGCAAAUCCUAUUCCGCAUAUCACGGUCGGCACGGCAUCGCCCGAUGUUAAGCCGAAGGAGAGUAAUGAUUUGCUGCGGCGGUGGGUUGAGGUUGGCUCUGGUGGGGAUACAGGGAUCUAUGAGGCGGAGGUUGAGGGUGUUAAAGUUGUUGAUGGUGUUGUUGGGUUAGUUAUGAGUCGGGGGAAGUAUUGA